AUGGGUGAAAUCAUACCAACCUCCGGGAAAAAGCAGAUCAUCCUCAAUGCUUUCGUCAUGAAUACCCCGGGCCAUUUGGCACCCGGGCUAUGGAAACACCCAAGAAACAAAACCGACCAGUACAAAUCCCUCUCAUUCUGGACUGAUCUAGCUCAAUUGCUCGACAAAGCUGGUUUCCAUGCGAUGUUCCUCGCGGACACCCUGGGGGCGUACGAUGUGUACAAGGGCCCUAGUAAUGUUGUGCCAGCAUUGGCCUCGGGCGCGCAAUUUCCAGUCAAUGACCCAUUGUACCUUGUUCCUGCCAUGUCUGCCGUUACAAAGAACCUCAUUUUUGGAGUGACUGCCAGCGUGACAUAUGAGAAACCGUACGCGCUGGCACGCCGACUCUCUACCGUGGAUCAUCUCAGUCAGGGCCGUCUGGCAUGGAAUAUUGUCACGUCUUAUCUGGAUAGUGCAGCCCGAAACCACGGACUGAAUGAGCAGAUCCCGCAUGACGAGCGAUACGCAAUAGCAGAUGAAUAUCUUGAGGUGCUCUACAAGCUCUGGGAAGGCAGUUUCCGAGACGACGCCGUACUCGCCGACCGACAGCUCGGAACAUACAUUGCUAGCGAUGGUGUGCGAGAGAUCAACCAUAAAGGAAAAUACUUUGAUGUUCCUGGGCCUCAUUUCUGCGAACCAUCGCCACAGCGUACGCCAUUCCUGUUCCAAGCCGGUGUGUCUGAGGCCGGUGGUCAAUUUGGCGGAAAGCACGGCGAGGCUAUAUUCAUCGGCGGUCAAACCCCCGAAGGUACUCGCAUGACGGUGGAUAAUAUACGCAACAUUGCCAAGCAACAAGGCCGCGAUCCCAAUCAUAUCAAAGUGAUCGUGGGUAUCAACGUGAUUGUCGCCGCAACAAAUGAAGAAGCGGUGGCAAAGCGGGAAGACUAUCUUCAAUAUGCCGAUGACGAAGGUGCACUCGCUUUGUUUGGCGGAUGGACCGGAAUUGACCUGUCAAAUCAUGCUGAUGAUGAGGAUUUCCGGUUCAGCGACUCUCCGCGGGUCCAGUCCAUUGUUCGGAGAUGGUCCGCUACCGUUCCAGGCACGGAUAGCUUGCCUUGGACCAAACGGAGGAUCGUGGAGUACAUCAGUGUGGGUGGGCUCCAGGCCAAGGUUGUUGGCAGCCCCACAACAGUUGCAGAUGAGUUAGAAAGAUGGGUGGAGGUAUCCGACGUGGAUGGUUUCAAUCUUGCCCAUAUUGUCAAUCCUGGAACCUUUGAAGAUAUCAUUGAGUUUUUGUUGCCUGAACUACGACGGAGAGGGGUGUUCCGAGAAGAAAUCGAGAAAGAAGGUGCCACAGCUCGUGAAUAUCAACUUGAUCUGCUUGAAUCUCAUCAAAUACCAUACUCCAAAAUGAAAGAAGCUGUUGUCGACAAGAACACUUCGGUCAUCAUCCGCGAUGUUGACAUCCCCACGCCUGGACAUGGUCAAGUCCUCAUCCGGGUAGUAGUGUCAGGUACCAACCCGAAGGACUGGAAACUCCCCAUAUGGCAACCAGAAAAUGUCAUGAAUCAGGGAGACGAUAUCGCGGGGUACGUGGAAGCAGUGGGAGAGGGAGUCCUGAACUUCCGUAAGGGAGACAAAGUGGCCGCGCUGCACAAUCUGGGUAGCCCCCAUGGAAGUUAUGCCGAAUACGCCAUUGCAUGGGAAUACACAACAUUCCAUCUCACCGAGAAUACCGGGUUUGAAGAGGCUGCUACUAUUCCCCUUGCUGCGAUGACUGCUGCAUUGGGCCUAUAUCAGGAGUUAAAACUGCCUUUGCCUUGGAGCCCCGUCGAUAAACCCACUCCAUUGGUUGUGUACGGCGCUGCCUCAGCGGUUGGCGCAUUUGCGAUCAAGUUCGCUCAACUAUCGAACAUACACCCCAUCAUUGCUGUCGCAGGCAAAGGUGCUCCCUUCGUUGAGACGUUGAUCAGCAGAGAAAAGGGAGAUACCAUCGUUGAUUAUCGCGAAGGAUCCGACGCGAUCCACGCGGGGAUUAGAGCUGCUAGCAAUGGCGUACCCAUUCAGCAUGCCUACGAUGCCGUGUCCGAGAAGGGAAGCUAUGAGACUAUCGGUGCUGCUCUCGAUAAGCCUGGGAAAAUUACUGUUGUUUUACCCGUGAAAGUUGACAAGGCACAGGAGCAGAUUAGCUUCCAUCCCACUAUGGUUGGGUCUGUUCAUAAGCCCCCUGCUGAGGGCCAGGUUCUUGGUGAUAAGGAAUUCGCGGCCGCCCUUUUCCAAUUCAUUGGUCGAGGUCUGGCACAGGAAUGGUUCUCAGGCCACCCAUACGACGUGAGAACAGGUGGACUGGGAGGUCUCGAGGCGGCAUUGAAAGAUCUGAAGGCUGGCAAUGCAUCUGCUGUGAAAUAUGUGGUGGAGCUUGCCGAGACUGCUGGAGUUCAGCAGUAG